AGUACCGCCGUAUAAGUUGUUAGGGAAACAUGCAUUUUAGCUGUUUUCAUUAUUAUGUUAUUUUCUGAAGGAGACACAGCCACAAAAAAUCAAGAGCUCUUCAAUUUGCACAGUGAUACUUUAAUUAGAAACUUCUUUAUUGCAAAUUUGUGAAGUGUUUAGAAUUUAAUAAAAUAAAAUAACAAUUCACGCGAUUUUUUUCAUAAUUUUGUGUUAUACAAGGACAAGUUCGUGUGGAAACCUUAUCAUUUUUUAAUUACAUUUUUAAGCAACGAGUGGUUUAAGCAAGAAAUUUUGGCAACAAAUGAGAAAUACGGCAGAAAUAUACAAGGACAUCAUCAGAGUAUACAACAGUAUGCAAUAAAAUUUGAUUGAUAUUGAGUGAUAAAUAGCAAUUAUGGAUGACAGAAAUGUGUUAUUCCAGAUUUAGAUAAUAUUUACAGCCGCUGUAUGAGGAAAGCAAGCAGUUAUGUACAUUAGUGACUUUAAGGCUUCUAGUAAUGACAAUUACUUUGGCGCUUACAAAGUCGGGAGUACAAUAAUCAUUCCGAAGCUCUUCAACAGGACUCACGCUAAUCUGGCCAGUGCGGCUUACGGGUCGCACGCCACUGCCGGGGCCUGGUGGGGGCAGCACACACACACCCACGCUUCUGGUGCUGCCAUGUACGAGGACACCGCCGGUCAGGCGGGAGGACAUAGUCCACCAUCGGCCAUCCAGCAGCAAUCGAGCCAACAGGCGAAUCAUGUGGUGCAACAACCCCCAAAUCAGCCAAACACAGGUGGUGUCCAGCAGUCCAAUGCGGUUGCGGGACAGACACAGAUCGUGGCGCCAUCGACGGCGAGUGAGUCUCCGGCAAGUGUCAGCUCACAGCCGGCAGGCCCCCUUCAUAUACCUGCAAAACGUCCAGGAUUUGAGCCUGAUCCUUCCGUCAUAAGACACCCACACGCCUGGGGCUAUGAGACUGGUUUUGAAUCACAAUAUCACACCCACUCGCAGUACUAUCUCGAGAGGGAUCGCAAGUCUGUCUACUAUGGGUAUCCAGAAGCGCAAUUUCCACAGCCACCUUAUUGGAAUUACCGAGAUCAACCAUCUUACCUAACGGAUGAUCGCCAUACAGCGAGACAGACAGUCGAAGGCACGGGCACUCAGUCCGCCUACGAUACCACUUAUGCCACUAGUGGACUUAGGCCCUAUGCUAGUGAUGCCUAUUCUACGCCAGGUGAGUCUCCAGGAUCAAGCUUAACAGCAGCUGUUGGUGUGGGAACCGUAGGAUCUUGCACACCUUCAAAUGCUCUAGAAUGGACUGGUCAGGUGACAGUACGAAAGAAGCGCAAGCCCUACUCAAAGUUCCAGACGCUGGAAUUGGAAAAGGAGUUCCUCUUCAAUGCGUACGUGUCGAAGCAGAAACGUUGGGAGUUGGCACGGAAUCUUAAUUUGACGGAGAGACAAGUGAAGAUUUGGUUCCAGAACCGACGGAUGAAAAAUAAAAAGAAUUCCCAGCGUCAGGCGGCUCAGCAAAACAAUAAUAACAGCUCGAGCAGCAACCACAAUCAUGGACAAGUUCCACCACAGCCCCAUCACAAUCCACAUCACAUUAACUUAGGUCUCGGCAUGACCCAUCACGGGCCCAAGAUGCACCAGUGACCCUCAGAACAUGACGGUACCAUGGGGUUUGCCACUUUUUGAGCCCACCCAGAUCAAUUAGCGCCCCAGGGAUAGACACCUAAUUACCUUGACCUUCAGUGGACAAUUUUCCAUGGUGUGCCGCCUGCCACAUGCUCUGAGCUUUGGAAUAAUACUUGGGCUUUCACACAGAAAAUUUUCAAUUGAACACAAUAUUGAAAAAUAAAGAGAAAAACUAGUAAUAUUGUCAUGAUAAGAUCCCUGUAUUAGUAGCUAAUAACACAUGUAGGUUUAUUUGUAAAAGAAAUGCAAAAGAGAUUGGGGAAAAAUAUCAACAGUAAUUUACAUUUUAAUGUAAAUAAAAAUGUUGUAAAUCUUUUUUUUAAUGUCCUUUUGUAGUCGAAUGAAAUGCAAGGAAAAAAAUGAAAGAAAAGAGUGACAGUUCAAGGCAAAUUUUUCGUGAAAAUUUAGGUUCAAUUCUUGUUUUGGUAAAGCCACUUAAGAGCCUGAAAAGCUCUCAAAAACUAUUGCAAUGAAAUUCAAUAAUUUAUUCAACAAAAAAAAUUUCUUAAAGAAUAACUUUAAUUUCAAAUUAUUGAUGACCACAGAAACUCAUUUUUUUCGUUAUACUUACAAUGAUAUGUGAUUUUUACUAAUUUAUGUUUAAUUUCAGCGAUUUGUAAUGUUUCAAUUUACGUUUUCUAGUUAAUAUGCGUAUUUAACUAUUGUGAUCAUAUUUUAUUUGAUAACGAUGAUGAGUUAACCUUUGAUUUUGUCUUUCAAUAACAAGGUGUAAUAAACAAGGAACAUAAGGAUGAGACAAACAAAUUUACAAGUUUUAUAGAACAUCUGUAUAAGAUUCGGCAGAGAAAGGAAAUAAAAUGCAAAUUCAAGAAAAAAAUUAAGAAAUAUUUUAGGAUUAACACUGAAAGGCCAUUGGUAAAAUUUUAUUGCAAAUCUAAUUUCAUAAUGAAGUUUGCGGUCGUAUAGAAAUACUUUUUAAUAAAAAAUGGUCGCGAAAGUUGAAUACGUUUGCAAAAUUGAGAAAAAAAUUUAAGUUUUAUUAAAUGACAUUUAUUAAACAAAUAUGGAGCAUACAACUGGAAGAUACAUCAAGUGCGAAAGCCUUUGUUUUAAAUGUCGUACAAGAUGAUUUAGGUAAAUUUUUACCGAAUGACUUAAAAAAUUGUAGAUGAGAUAACUUAUUAUAAUUUUGUAUACUAAAACCAAUCGGAAAAAAUAGAACAACCAUACCCGGGAUAUUUGCAAACACACAUUAAUGUAAUAGAGAACACUUUAGACAUGUACUCUAAAUAAAAAAUAUUUAGCCUGUAAUUUCAAAUUAAAUUAUUGUAAAUACAUAACUUAAAUUCAAUAAUUAAAUAACCAUAUUGUAGAUUAAUCAAUAAUGCUAAAACAAAAUAAAUAAAAAAAUAAAUGUGCUCAAACAAUUUAUGUACUUGAUCAGAUAAAAAAGUAAAAGAAAAAAACAGAAAAAACAGAGUUACUUGGGAGAAUUUAAGAUUAGAGCUCUUUAAAAUUAAAAAAAAACUUCUUACAAAGGCUUUUUGUAGCAAAAAAAAAAUAAUGAAACAACAAAUCGAGCAGAAAAAACGAAAGAAUUUAACAGAUUAACGUGUAUUUAUUUUAAGUUUUUAUUUCUAUUAUUGUUGAAUUUUUGAUCUUUGCAUUUAUAGUUUUUUUGUGUAAUAAGGAAAUCAAGUUAUAUCGUAUUUGGUUAAACCUUCAGCCAAACUUAAAGUUUUUCUUUGCAUAAUGAAUAGUCAAGAGAUUAGUGAAGAAAAGUCCAAAAAGAAAAGCCCUGCGAUUUAGAAAUCACUUUGAUGUAAGGAUUUUAUUGCAAUUAUUGCAGAUGAAAAUUCCAAAGUACAAAAAAUGAGAAAAAUAAGAAUUAAAUAACCAGAUCAUGAAAUAAUCUGUAAAAGAAAAAUCUUCAAAAUAUCAGAGCGAAUUUUUGAAAAAAAAUGGAAAUAAAAGGAAAAACCUCUCUUUCAACCGAAUUUAGUAAAUAAUCUUGAAUAGAUUGCUGCAUUGACGCUAAAAUCUCAUAGCAAAAAGUAUGUUGAAAGCAAUUAUUUUUUUUCUUUGUGUUAUUUCCGUAACUGUAUAGAAAAAAAUAAAAAAGGGGAUUGAAAAACCAGAGAUUUCAGGAAUAAAUGAAAGAUUAAAGAACAGAUAGUGCCAUAAAUGAACAUUUUUCUCACUCACCAAAAUAUAUUUCAACUAACAAAACAAUCUUGAAUGUCUAUUGAAAUGCUGUUUACUUUAGACAGAACUCUUUUCUAAAAUUUAUUAGGUAAAUUUCCAUUUAAAAUUGAUUUUCUUCAUACAUUUAUUUUUUUUUAUUUUGAUUUUUGGAAAAAUACAAAAGUUUUUUAAAAAGAAUCUCCGCUCGAAAAUAAUUCACCAGACAAAGUAAGAGAAAAUAAGAUAUUUAACUAAGUAAGUUAAUUAAUAUAUUUAGAAUUUGAUUAUAAAAUGAGAGAAAUAAAAAAAGAAAAAUAUUAAAUAUUGAUAUUAAAGGACGAAAAAGGACGCAUGGAAAUUGGUAUAAAAAUGAUUGUAUUUGAUGUAAUGUGAGUCUUACAAAAUUAGUUAAAAGAAAAAAUGACAUGAGGAAAAUGAAGAUGAAUCUUUCUGAAGUAUCUGCAGAAUUACAAUGAUAUUAUUUAUCCUAAAAUAUAAUAUAUACAAGAUUAAUGGUAUGCGCACAAUUAUUUUUGUUUUGUAAACAUGUUUUCGAAAUUAUUGUGGUUGAGAGAGAUAACCAAAUAUAAAUUUCGCAUAUAUUCCGUGGCAACUAAAUUAUGUUAACAAAACAAAAGUAUUUAUGUGCUGCUUAAGACUUCUUCACAUUAAACAAAAGACAAGCAUAAUUUUGCAAAAAAAAACAUCGGUUAUGCCACAGAAUGUCAGCCAUUUUGAAAAUUAUGGUUGACUUAUGCAAAAAUAGAUUGAGUGUUUGCAACAUGUGAAUGAAGCUUUAUUAUGAUGUACACAUAAUUAGUUUUGGAUACAUGUUUUUGAAAGCUAGCGAAACAUAUUUCAAUUUCAAAGAUAUUUUCAAAAAUAAUUGCGAGUAGAUCGUAAUACCCUGUGUUUUCGCACUGUAAAUAGUCAAAGAAGUAAGUCAAUAGGGUGAGGAAGAGAAAAAUUUUGCGUAAAUAUCGUGGGUAAAAUCACAGAAAACAUUUUAGGUAAAAAAAAAAUGAAUGACAAUUUGGACAAUGAUGGAUAUAUUAUUAUAUCGAAGAAUGAUGAGCAGAUAAAGAUGAAAAAUUAAGCAAAGAAUAAAUAAAGCAUUGUACUUUCUGG